AUGACAGAAGAAGAAGCGCCCAGCAACAGCAAUAAGACGGGUCCGACCCAUCGAGGAGCCACAGGAAGUACCGUUGGUCUUUCCAUAGCCGAAGCAGACGAAGGAGCAGGAUCUGUGUCUCAUCUGCAGAGUUUGUUCCGCCAAACAGGGCCUCCGCCUCCUCCACCCUUGCCAGUACACAAUGAAGAAACAGAAACACAAGAAUCCACACUGGAGCGAAAGAUUACCCAGAAAACGUGCAAUAGUAAUAGCAAAAGCUAUCAAGAAGAAGCCACAGAACAAACGUCUUUGCUAGCACCCCCUCCGGCACCUCCUCCCAACAAUCCAUUUCAUUCGCGAGAUGAUUCCUUUGUCAUGACAUCAUCACAUCCUCAGUCUCAGUCUAGACUCUCCAGUGCUUCCUAUGAUUCUUCCGGUUUGUCAGAAUUAUUCUUGAGUCCAUCGUCUCAAAAGACACCCAAAAUGGGACCUGCUGGAGCCAGUCGAAAGAUUCCCACGCCACCUCUUAGUACCACCAGCACAAGUACUCAACAACCACAAGCUUACAAUACUGGUGGUAGUGUCAGGGAACAACCCGUGAAGAAACAACAACCCACACCAAACACCCAGAAAAAGAAAGCAAAACAACAAGAACCCAGGAUUACCUGUCAGGAUCUCACCAACCCCACCACUUAUAUUGGUGCUUUCAUGUUUGUUCUCUAUCAUGUCGUUUUUACGUUGGCAUCCGGUUCGGCCAUUCAACGACCGCAUGCCAACAAUUCCAUUUUGGGAUUAAUGACCAAAAUGGGUGCCCUCGGUAUUAUCUUUGCCGGACCCGUCUACCUCUACAAUAUUGGAAAUGGAUUGCCCUGUAUGUAUCCUACCUGCGAUUUGUUCUUGGCGCCUAUUUUUGCCAGCAUUGCCAAGAUUAUUGACGAUGACUUGGCACUACUGACGAACCUCAGUGAUGAGGAAAAUGACGACAUGUUUCUUGCUACGUUUGGUGUGUUGGCAUUCAUAGGAAUGGGAUUGGCGGGAGCGUUGCUCCUGCUGGCGGGUGUCUUUCGAGUGGCCAAUCUCGGAGCGUUUUUGCCCUAUCCCGUCCUCUGUGGAUUCUUUACCGCCGUGGGAAUUCUCACGUGGCAUUUGGGAUUUGUGGUCGAUACCAGUGGCAAAUCCUUUCGGACCGUCUUUUUAAAUGGUGACACGUCGUUGAUUGGGUAUGCCUUGAUGCAUCACAUUCCAGGAGUGAUUGUGGCGAUCAUUAUGAAGUAUUUGGGACCCAAAAAUCCCGCCUAUGUCGUGUUGGUACUCUUUGCUACCGUUGCCACCGUGUACAUGGUCAUGUUUGUGACGGGCACGUCCCUGGAGGACGCGCGGGGGCAAGGAUGGUUCUGGUAUCACGAGGAUAUUGUUUACGAACACAACUCGGCGGCGAUUGGAUUUUCCAAGUGGCUUCCUCCGGCACCAUUUGGCGUGAUUAAUGGCAUCAUCAUGGGCAAAGUCCAUUGGGUAUCGGUCUGGAACGGUAUUCAGCCGGCAUGUGCCAUGAGCUUUCUCUACCUCAUUCGAUGUGCACUACAUUCUGCAUCGCUGCUCAAAAAUGUACCCACACUAGCAAGAACGCAAAAGGUCGAAGAAGAAGUAACGCGUACUUCAUUGUUAUUAGAGCACCAGCCAAAGCCUCGCAAGAAAACCCGGCUGGAAAAAUUCUCGGAGAUUGUGGACAUUGAGGAAGUCAUGAAAAUUGAGCAAACAUCCACGCGACAAAUCACCGAAGUUGAGCGGGCCAAGCCCACCACUUGGACGCUACAGACCGUCUUGAUACAGUAUGGAAUAGCCCAGGUCAUUUCGGCGUGUGUCGGUGGCUUUGGGACGAUUCCCAGUGUGGCCACAUCGCAUGCCAUGUUUGCGCUUCGAGCAGAUCGUGUUGCUCCGCAACUGGGGUCCAUCAUUCUCAUUGCCGUCUUUUACUUGACCGACUUUCGGCUCAUUGCCUAUGUGCCCAAGAUGGCUUUCUCGUGUUUGCUCAGUCUUGCGUUCAUUGAUAUCACUUUGACCUGGCUGAUACGGUCGUACUUCAAAACAAAGUCAAAGCAAGAGUGGCUGGUGGUGCCACUCAUUGUGGUGUUUGCCAUGGGCAUGGGUCUGCUCAAAGCGGUGUUUCUGGGUAUCGCCAUCAGCACCUUUUUGUUUGUGGGGGCAUUCUUUCAAAGUGGAGUGGUCAAGUUUGCCGCGUCAGGUUUGACCAUCCGAUCUACGAUUAAGCGCCCUGUUUCCAGUGCUCAGUGGCUGGACCACCAUGGUGAUUUGGUUCAAGUUGUGAUAUUGCAGAACUACCUCUUCUUUGGAAACUGUUCCUCCAUUUCCUCCUACAUUGCUUCCAUGUUUGAAGACGUGGACGAAGACGAUCAAGAGAAUGCCAUUUUACCGCCGAUUCCAAAGUUUGUCGUUUUGGACAUGGCGUUGGUUACUGGAAUGGACACAUCCACGGUUGACAUUAUUUCCGACAUUCUCAACCUGUGUCAAAGGCAUGACUGCAAGUUGUUCCUUUCCGGGCUUUCCAACAAUCUACGAAGUGUGUUGGCCCAUGCAGGCGUGAAGCCAUUGGGUGGACAACGCUCGGAAAGGAAGCUACGGUUCUUCUCGAGUUUGGACAUGGCAAUUGGAAAAGCAGAAGACAUGCUUUUGGAUGUCCAAAUGGAAGAUAACCCUGGCCCUAGCCACCUCUUCUCCCUUCAAGAGGAAAGCGGCUUUCAGGUGGCCCUGAGAUGUAUUGACGAACAGCACGGGUCAAACUUUGCAAAGGAUCUGGCUAGCCUGGAGGAGCACACAACGCCGAUUGAGUUGACACCUGGCGAAUCGCUGUACGAUUCUCCCUCUAUGCCGGAACGAGGACUUUUCUUCAUCGAAAAGGGUGUCAUGAAAAUCGAGAGGGAGUCUGGUUUAACAGCCAAUACGCGCAGCCUCGCGAGCCCGUUGGCGUUCGGUGGUUCUAUUUCGGAGCUCCGAAUGCGCUCGGAUACGAUUGGACGUGACAAUGCCAGAAUGAAAUCCACCAAGCACAGUACCCCUCACCAGCAAACCUUUCGACUCGCGAGAAUAGGAGAGGGCUGGGUGGUCGGUGCCGUGGAGGCGGUGAGCGGUCUGGAGAGUGUUGGGGUUCAUCUGGCAGUCACCUCGUGCCGGCUGCACCAUCUAUCCUAUUCACGCAUGGAAGAACUAGAAGCAGCCCAUCCAGUUGUGAUGCUACGCUUGUACAAACUACUUUCUCACAUUAUGGCCAAGCAGCAAGAAAUCACAAUCGGGCAGCUUGGCACACUUCAUACAAUCAUGUCAUCCCCUGCGCAAAAGGGACCUGUUGGCCGCAAGGCAACGCUGAUGUUUCAAAAGCUUCAAUGA